AUGGCCGAACCACAACCGAAAAGCGUGCACGAAGGGGCCGGAGAUGUCGAAGACGAGGUCCAAACCACCGCGAAGUCGGCUGAGGAUCGCAAGGCAGCGGCGGCAAUGGCCAGCCUCGAUGCGCGGGGAGACGACGCGGGCUCGGGCAACGCUGUCGAUCAAGAAGCUGCUAGCAAAGCUAUAAAGAGCCUCGGAAGCGGUGCUCCCGGUGAGAAAAAGGAGGUCAAGAAGGUUAAGGUAGACGCUGCUGAUGUAGCUUUACUGGUCGACGAACUAGAUCUUACUAAAGUCAAAGCAACUGAGCUGCUUAAGGCGCAUGACGGCGAUGCGGUGCUGGCUAUGAAGGCUUUCAUCGCUACGUGA